AGUUACUAAUUGUGUGAGAAGUAGGCAGUUUUAAUGACAUCAAAAACCCUAGUUCAUCUUUUUGGCUUCGAUUAAAUUUGAAUUAUAAGUAAACGUUUUUUUAACCCCCGAUCAUCAGCCAUGAUGUCCAUUGGUCGAGCUCUCGGGGGCCUAUCCGUUUUACAUUUUUCUUGGAACAGAAGCUUGCAUCAAAGGAGGACGAGACGGCCAUUUCCGGUAGUUCCCGACGCGAGGAUUAAGACCCCGGCGCAGUCAACCCGACCACCCCGCAUCCUGGUGAAGAGCUUCUUGGCCCUCCACCAUCUGGAUUCUGUGUACAUGCAGGGUGCUCCUCGUGAUCUUAGAGACUAUUUUAUGUCGAGCUGGAAGAACGAGAAAAGAUGAUAUCCCUCCUUGACUAUACCAUUCACAAC